AUGAGUCUGUGGGUGGUGUUGCUGGUCCUCUGUGCUUGUGGUGUCAAUGGAAAAAUUGAUGAAGAACAAGAAGACCAAGGAUCUUCAGGAGACAAUGACUUCGUGGACAGUAUAGAGAAGAUAGGACCAACAGUCACGCAGGUCUACGAACACCCGUACGCAGCUACACUCAACAAAAACGACACCUACAUCUGCAGUGCGGUCAUACUCAACGUGUACUGGCUACUGACACUCUCCAAAUGCUUUGAUGCCGGCGUCAUAACUUCGUACGUCACACACAAGAACCUAACCAGCUACUCGAUAAGAGUCGGCAGUUCUUAUAACAACAAAGCAGGAGAUUUAUAUAAGAUAAAAAUGAUGAUUAACAACUUCGACCAGAAAGUAACUGCCACCAAGUUGGAAAUUCAGAUGGUGUUCAGCUCUCGAGUGCAGAGCAUAAGUCUACCACGUCCUGACGAAGAGAUAGCACUCGGGUUCUUGUCUUCAAUCAUCGCAUGGACUCCUAGUGGGCACAUGCGAGUAGUAAACGCCCCGGCAAUCGACGCUUCAAUAUGUGAAGCCAACACGAAGAUGAUACCAGGACACUAUAUAUGUUUAGGAGGUGUUCAAGAUCCUAACAGACACUUCUGUAGGAGAGACAACGGUGGCGCAGUCGUCCAGAACAACACCCUAAUUGGCAUAUCAUCUUUCAUCAACCACUGUGCCUUGUACUCCAAGACUCACGCCUUCCCAAAAGUUUCCAGCUUCGUCCGAUGGUUAGACUCCAUCAUAUGGGACGAGAACAUAAGGCCAUCUAGCACUGAACCUCCUACUACUACAUCACCCGUCAGACCCCCAGAAAAUGGCACCAGAGGACCGUUUAACCAACCGUACUAUGCUGAUCCUGGAAAAUUCAUGCUGACACUUCCAUUCGAUCCCAUAAACGUGCCCUUAGAACCAGCAUUAGAAGAUAACUCAGUGUUACCGGGAAUGAGUCUGUACGAGUCCUACCUACAGAGUAUAGCGCGAGCCAAGACCUCCACCCCUAAGACCACGACGAUACCUGAACCGAAAACAGAAGCCAACCAAAAAAACAAACCCAUGAAUAACAAUAAUAUGGAUCCAAUGAUGAUUCCGCAACUUAUGUACCGAAAUGGGCCAAAGAAAUACGACCGACUCUGGUUUGGAUGA